GUUUAUAAGAGAAAAGGAUGUUCUCUAGAUCGUGUGCGAAUUUGUUGAAUUUGGUCUCUUCCGGGGAAGAUUUGCCCCAUAUCGGUCGAACGAUGAAUCGACUUCCAAGGGUCAUGACUGUUCCUGGGAUAAUCUCUGAUUUUGAUGACGAUUAUGACGACGAGGGUCGGAGUGAUUCCGGUGGUUCUGAUGUUGUAUCCUCUGUUUUUCAAGAAAGAAGGAUUAUCGUUGCAAAUCAGCUCCCUUUAAAGACUCAGCGUGAUUCGGAGACUAAUAAGUGGUCUUUUGAAUGGGAUAAAGACGUGCUUGUGUUGCAGCUCAAAGAUGGGUUCCCUGCUGAUGUCGAAGUUGUUUAUGUUGGUUGCUUGAAGGCUGAGAUCGACGUUUCAGAGCAAGACGAGGUAGCCCAAUAUCUUCUUGACAAGUUUCGGUGCGUUCCUACCUUUUUACCUCCAGAUAUUCAGAAUAAGUUCUAUCAUGGUUUCUGUAAGCAGCACCUAUGGCCUCUGUUUCAUUACAUGUUACCCAUGUCUCCUAACCAUGGAGCACGUUUCGAUCGGGCUCUGUGGCAAGCCUAUGUUUCCGCCAACAAGAUCUUUGCAGAUAAAGUGAUAGAGGUGAUAAACCCAGAUGAGGAUUAUGUGUGGGUUCAUGAUUAUCAUCUCAUGGUACUUCCUACCUUCUUGAGGAAACGCUAUCACCGAGUGAAGCUUGGGUUUUUUCUGCACAGCCCUUUUCCCUCUUCAGAAAUAUAUAGAACACUGCCUGUGAGGGAUGAGAUCCUUCGUGCUUUACUGAAUUCUGAUCUUAUUGGUUUCCAUACAUUUGAUUAUGCAAGGCAUUUCUUGUCUUGCUGUAGUAGAAUGUUGGGUCUAGAUUAUGAAUCUAAGAGGGGUUACAUUGGGCUCGAGUAUUAUGGCCGGACUGUGAGCAUUAAGAUUUUACCUGUUGGGGUACACAUGGGUCAGCUUGAAUCUGUUCUGUCAUUCCCGGAGACCGCCAAGAAGGCCCAAGAGCUGAAAGAACGAUUUGAUGGAAAGAUUGUAAUGUUGGGAGUGGAUGAUAUGGAUAUGUUCAAGGGUAUUAGUUUCAAGUUUCUUGCAAUGGGACAACUCUUAGAACAGCACCCUGAACUGAAUGGGAAGGUGGUUUUGAUUCAGAUUGCAAACCCUGCGAGGACUCGGGGUAAGGAUGUAGAGGAGGUUAAAGAAGAGACCCAUCUGAUUGCAAAAUCGAUCAACGAGAAGUAUCGGAAACCUGGGUAUGAGCCGAUUGUCUUCAUCAAUGGUUUUGUUCCCACACUUGAGAAAGCUGCAUAUUAUGCCGUUUCUGAAUGUUGUGUGGUGAAUGCAGUAAGGGAUGGAAUGAAUUUGGUGCCUUACGAAUACACAGUUUGCAGGCAGGGUAGCCCUGUUUUAGACGAGGCUUUGUGCAUUGAUGGGUCAAACACACGAAGGAAGAGCAUGAUCGUUGUGUCUGAGUUUAUUGGGUGUUCACCCUCCCUUAGCGGUGCCAUUCGAGUGAACCCAUGGAAUAUUGAUGCAGUCUCGGAAGCAAUGAAUUUGGCAAUCACCAUGCCUGAGGCUGAAAAACAGAUGCGCCAUGAAAAGCACUAUAAGUAUGUUAGCUCUCAUGAUGUUGCAUAUUGGGCUAGGAGUUUCGAUCAGGACUUGGAGAGAGCUUGCAGAAAGCAUUUCCUCAGAAGAUGUUGGGGUAUUGGGUUUGGUUUAGGCUUCAGGGUUGUUGCUUUGGGUCCUAAUUUCAGGAAGCUUUCAGUUGAGCACAUAGUGUCUGCUUAUAAGAGGACAAAUAGCAGAGUGAUCCUUCUAGAUUAUGAUGGCACCAUGAUGCCACAAGCAUCCGUCGACAAGACUCCUAGUAGUGAAGUUAUUUCAGUGUUGAAUAGUUUAUGCAGCGAUCCGAAGAACAUUGUUUUCAUUGUGAGUGGCAGAGGAAAGGAUUCUCUAAGCAGAUGGUUUUCUCCCUGUGAGAAGCUAGGUAUUGCUGCUGAGCAUGGCUACUUCACAAGGUGGAGUAGGGAUUCUGAAUGGGACUCUCCUCAAUUAGCAACAAACUUUGAAUGGAUAAAGAUUGCUGAGCCUGUAAUGGAACUUUACACUGAGACAACCGAUGGAUCAUAUAUCGAGCAUAAGGAGAGUGCAUUGGUGUGGCACCAUCAAGAAGCUGACCCAGAUUUUGGGUCCUGCCAGGCAAAAGAACUGCUUGAUCACUUGGAGAGUGUGCUCGCUAAUGAGCCUGUCGUGGUUAAAAGAGGUCAACACAUUGUUGAAGUGAAACCUCAGGGUUUAAGCAAGGGUAUAGUUGUUGAAAACCUUAUAUCAACCAUGUUGAGCAAGGGGAAGCCACCAGAUUUUGUGGUAUGCAUUGGAGAUGAUCGAUCAGAUGAAGACAUGUUUGAGAGCAUUGCAAGAUCUAUUUCAAAUCCAUCCUUGCCGGCCAUAGCCGAAGUGUUUGCUUGCACUGUUGGUCAGAAGCCAAGUAAGGCAAAGUACUAUCUAGAUGAUACAGUUGAUGUCAUCAAGCUGCUUCAAGGCAUUGCUGGAGCAACAGUGCAGCCAUCAAAGUCUGCACAUUUUCAGGUGUCCUUUGAGGGCUCUCUUUGAAAGAAAUUGUGGUGGUGUUGUUGAUCUCUGGCAUCAUUAUCAUCAUCGAUUUGUUUCAAGAUGAAGAUGGGGUUCAAAGUAUAGAGAG